AACAAAAAUAGAUAAAUGACGAACACGAACGAAUACAAACGAUGCAUCAUUAUCAUCGAUUUUUCUGGAUCAAUUCAGCAUCAUUUUCAAUUACUUAUUACACACACACACACGCACAUAGACAAUUCAUUUUAACCAGAAAAAAAUGACUAUAUAGAAUUUUUUACGUCAUAAUUUCCGUCAUCGAUUCAUUCGAUUCGUCCACCACUAUAUAAACCAAAAGAAGAAAAGAAAUCAAAUUCAAUUUCCAUUGAUUUUCAUUCCAAUACAACAACCACCACGACAACGACAACAACUCUUUAAAAGUCAAAAGUCAAAAUGUUUGUCAAUGAAAUUCUCCAUAAUCAUAAUAAUAAAGAAUCCAUUGAUUAUUAUACAAUAUUGGGUUGUGAUCCAGGAUCAACGACUGAACAAAUAAUAGCCGAAUAUCGUAAUCGUGCACUGGAAUUACAUCCGGAUAAAGCAACCAACAAUGAUGAACGUGAUCGUAAAGAACGUGAACAAAAAUUUUGUCAAUUAUUACAAGCAAAAGAUACAUUGAUCGAUGUGAAUAAACGUAAACAAUAUGAUCGUUGGCUUCGAUCUGGUUUAUCGAUUUCAUAUGAAAAAUUUUCAUCAUUAACAAAUCAAACAUCAAUUCAUUGGAUGAAUAAUAACAAUCAACGUAAUCGAGCAAAAGCAAUAACAAAUUCAAUGCUUAAUGACGAUCAAUUAUCAUCAUCAAAUACAUUGCCCGCCAUCAACGAUCCAAUUGAAUCAUUUCGAUUCAAUCAUUCAUCAUCAUCAUCAUCAUUUAAUGAUGAUAAAAUUCUGAAAAUGUUUCGUAAUUAUCAAAUCUGAAUUAAAAUAAUUUUUUUUUCGGUGAUAAAAUCGUAAA